UGUUUGGCCGAAACAUCAUCGAAAAAAAACCUCGAAAUCCAGCCAAACCAGCCAAACCAACACCUCCAUUUGUUCCAUUUUCUUCAAAAAAAUCGGAUUAUCUUUACAGCAACAGCAAUAGUAAGCAAAAUAGAAAGUCACAUAGCAACGCUUAUUACGAUAAUCACAAAUUUCAUAAGGGUUCUUUCAAUAAGACAAGAUAUUCAUCAACCAAAUCACAUCAUCAAAAUCAUCAUAAAAUGCCUCCUGCAGCAUUCUCGACUUUUCACCCACAUACUUCGGCGUUCGCUGCUGCGACGAUGAACUCACCCAGCAAUAUUAACUCCCCGAAUAAAACUCCUCAAAAUAGAAGAGUGAUUGAUAGUGAGCAAAGAUAUAGAGUUGUGGAUGAUAUCUGUGGGGAAUCGAACUUAUACAAAAUACUUGGUGUUGAACAAACUUGCUCUUCGGAAGAACUUAGGAGAGCUUACAUUAGUGUAAGUAAUUUUCAGACUAUCGGUGUUUUUUAUGGAAAGAGAUCACGAAUCUGCCAUCCUGAUAAAUUCCCAGAAUAUCCUAAAGCAACUGAAGCCUUUCAAAAAUUGGCAUACGCAUAUGAAACACUAAAUAAACCAUCUUCGCGCCGCGCUUAUGAUAUAUCGGGAACGAGCGACCUUGGUAGCGUAAGCGGCAUGGGCGACGAGACAUUACAUGGCGUUUUAUAUCAAUUAUUCUUGGAAUUUAUGGAUGGUGACUUCGAAAUGAUCCGUGCUUUAGUCAGUGAGUAUAUGAAGACUAAUAGUAUUUUCACUACUGAAACGACGGGGAUGGAUAUGACACCAAUCAAUAAUGAAUCAUUCCUAAUAUCACGUGCUCAAAUCAUUGCUUUUAUAGAUGCUCUAAAUGAAGGCAAUCCUGGGCUUAACCUAGGUGAUGAUGCCAUUGAAACUUUGGAAACUGCCUUUCGAAGAAUGAGAGAGUUACUUUUAGCUGGAAAAAAGUAUGUUAAAGUUGUACAAUUUGAGCUCAUCCGUUUGUAUGAAUUACAACAACUAUUACGGUCACUUUCAUAUUUUGACGUGUUUGGUCGUUUGCGUGUAACCAUGCAAUUGGCAAGAUCAACACUGACCAUACCGAUCCUCGUUGAUAAUGCAAUGAAAGAAGAAUUUGAUACGUUAGGAAAUAAAGGCAUUAAUAAAGGACUUUUAGGUGAUGGUAUGGCUAAAGUGAUCACUAGUUUAGUGGCAGUUUUGGAAAGGGAUAUCAAGGAGCUGGAACAAAAAAUAUUAAAGUUUGAUAAAAAAGUUACAACCUCGAAGGCCGACAUUCAACAACCAUUUUCAGAAGAUUUUUACACAAAUGUAUAUAAAGCAAUUUCCGGCCCUUCCGAGCCUCUUCCUCGACGACUUCAAUCUAACUUCACAAAUAAUCUUAAAUUACCGAUGGAUUCUCUCCAAGUAGAUCAAAGAUCGCCUUUUCCUUCUAUUAGUGAUUUGAAAGCAUCCAAGCAGGAUCAAGCAAAUGCAAUAACUCAAAUGGACAAAGAAAAUUUGGAAUCCGUGGAACAAUUUAAUAAAUGGUUGUACGCUUGCGCGUUAUUGAAACAGCCUGAUGAAGUCUUGGAUGUAUUUUUGCUGAUGGAGAAAGCAGGUAUUACCCCUAAUAUCAUUACGUAUGAUAAUUUAAUAAACCUUUUUGCUUCUAUUGGAGAUUUACAAAAAACAAUCGAAUCAUUUGAAUUGAUCGAACCUGGCAAGCCAACGGUACAUAGUUACGCGAAUUUGAUUAAAGCGUACGUUAAAGAUAAUCGAGUCGAUGAUGCAUUUAAUGUGUAUUCAAAUAUGAAAAAAAGUGGGUUGAUGCCAACUCAGCCUAUAUUUACAACCCUUAUUAAAGGGUGUAUUGAUAACGGAGAAAUAAAGCGUGCAUGGACAACAUUUGAUCAUAUGCGUUUGGAAGUGUGUCAACCUGAUGAGGUUACAUACAGUUUAAUGAUUCGCGCGUGUGCAAAGGAAGAAAAUUCUGAAAGGGCUUUUGAUUUAUACCAAGAAAUGAAAGAAAAAGGAUUAUAUCCAACUGACGUGACAUUUAAUUCUUUGAUUCAUGCUUGCGCAAAGAGAAAAGAUAUCCUUUGGUAUAUUUGA